AGUCAAGGAAAAGUAGAGGGCUGUAUAGGAGGUUUGACAACAUAUUUUGAAAUGAGGGAAGAAUCGGAAAAAACUAGUGACCAGUUGCAUUCUCACGACGAGAUACUCGAGGAGUCUCCAUGCAAAAGGUGGUCAAAGCGCUGUGAAAAAGUGAAGCAGCGCGAUGUUCCUGGGAUUGACGCAUCGUACUUGGCAAUGGACAACGAAACGGGAAAUGAAGUAGUCUGGAAUGAAGUACUAUUCUCCGAACGUAAAAAUUUUCGUGAUCAAGAGGAGAAGAUUAGAGCUGUUUUUGAUCAUUUGACUCGUCUUGACCAUCCAAAUCUUGUGAAAUUUCACAAAUAUUGGGUUGACACUAAAUCGAAUAAACCGAGGAUAAUUUUUAUAACUGAGUAUAUGUCUUCUGGUUCAAUGUCUCGUUUCUUACAGAGAGCUCGUUCUUCAGGCACACUUUUAAACAUCAAAGCUUGGAAGAAUUGGAACCGCCAAAUUCUCUCUGCUCUUUCUUAUCUACACUCUUGUGAUCCACCAAUCGUCCAUGCGAAUUUGACUUGCAAUACAAUUUUUAUUCAACAGAAUGGGCUUGUCAAAAUUGGUUGUGAUUUGACUGAAGCAACAACCCAAGCAGACGUUUACUCGUUCGGCGUUUGCGCUUUGGAGAUGGCAACAACUGGAGCAUUGCUCAGUGGAUCGUUAAAUGGUGGUGGCGAAAAGGAAAAGGAAAAACUUGCCAACUCAGCUGAUGCUAUUACGCCGACAGUAUCUUCAUCUGCUGGCUGUGGUGGUUUUCAUCUAGAAUUUAUUGAGCGUUGUCUUGAACAUGAUCCGAUUCGUCGAGCAAAUGUUGAGGAGUUGCUAAGUCGGCUAGGCCUUCCUGAACCUGAUAAACAAGAUGAGACUAGUCUGGAUGAGGAUGGCUUUUUAGAUGAUCAACGAAAUCAAGAUACUGCUCAUUCAUCUCUUGAACCAACUCAUGUUGUAAUUCCAGAAAGGGCAGUUUCUUCCCCACCGCAAGAACCAGCACCAAAUAUUGACAGAUAUAAAGCAAUACCACCGGCAGCAAAUACUCAUAAACAGACUGCUGCAAAUAUUGCUUCAAAUACUAAACAAGACGGGUAUAACAUUCACUUUACAACAAUUACGCCAAUAACUACUACAACAAACUCAACUGCUGUUUCUGCAGCUGAAGCUGUUGUUUUGACCACUCCUGCUACAUCGACAGUUACGACAAAUACAUUGCUUAAUCCACAGAACACUUCUAUACAAGAUGAGGGUUAUCACACGAAUCAAAGCAUUGGGGAAGCACCUGGACAAACUAAUGAUACUUCAAUAUCUGAAAAAUCAUCUGUUUCUCAACAUCAACAACAUCAGGAAACUCGCCUAAUUACACAAAUGCAUGCUGAAAUAUUGGAACAAGGCGGGUAUCAUUUGCGUAUUCAACUUCAAUUGGACGAUCAAAUGAAUAGACAAUUGACUGCACCACUUAAGGAAGAGGACACGGCUGAGACAUUAUCGGAAGAAUUGGUUCAGCAUGGAUUUGUUUCUGAAAGUAAUUCCUUGAAAGUGCGAGAACUAUUGGACUCAAUUAUAAGUGAAUAUCGAUCUAGGAAAUUGAAAAAAGCUGAGCGUUGAAUGUAUGGGAUAUAAUAUAUAUGUACUUUUUCGUUAUUUCUAUUGACCUUUUACCCAAUCAUAAUUGCAAGGACGUAAUCAGGAGUCGAAUUUCAGAGGCUAUAAAAUAGGUGUACGCUAAAAUUUUGGCAUUUACUUUGUCGUUCUGACCCUGGAUACGCCUUUGCAUAAUUGUAAUUGGUGUACCAGCCCUUAUGUUGAAUUU